GUUGUGGCCCGGAAUAAUGGCGAACUUCUCAGCCUUCGCCUCAAAAUCCGGGCCAUUAAAGUUGUGAGGUGCGGGCAAAGCAAGGGUAGUGACAAGGAAUUGAAUGAAGCUCAACCUUGAGGUUGUAUUGGUUCAAGUGCCAAGCUUUUCCAAGGGGUGCAUUGGGUGCGAGAGCCAUCACUGUUUUAAACUCCCUCUCACCACCACCCCCAUCACCAUCUUAUUAUUUUAGCCUGCAGCCAACAAGAAACCUGAGAAUGAAUAAUCCUGCAAUCAAGAGAAUAGUGACCAAUGUUGUCAAAUCUCCUGAGGAUAAACGUGAAUAUCGUGGAUUGGAACUCUCUAAUGACGUCCGUGUAUUACUCAUUCAUGAUCCCACUACUGACAAGUCCUCUGCAGCUCUGGAUGUUCACAUUGGCUCCUUGGCAGAUCCCAAAGAUAUACCUGGACUUGCCCACUUUUGUGAACAUAUGCUUUUCCUAGGGACUGAGAAGUAUCCAAAGGAGAAUGAGUACAGUCAGUUCCUCAGUGAACAUGCUGGGAGUUCAAAUGCAUUCACCAGUGGAGAACACACCAACUAUUAUUUUGAUGUAUCAAAUGAACAUUUAGAGGGUGCCCUGAACCGGUUUGCCCAGUUUUUCCUCUGUCCUUUGUUUGAUGCCAGCUGUAAAGACAGAGAAGUCAAUGCUGUCGACUCAGAGCAUGAGAAAAAUCUAAUGAAUGAUGCUUGGAGACUAUUCCAGCUGGAGAAAUCUACAGGCAACCCAGAACACCGAUUUAGUUCAUUUGGAACAGGCAACAAACUCACCUUGGAAACUAGACCAGCAGAGAUGGGCUUAGAUGUACGACAAGAACUCCUGAAGUUCCAUUCAACUAAUUAUUCAUCAAACCUGAUGGCUCUCUGUGUCCUAGGGAGAGAAUCCUUGGAUGAGCUGACUGACCUGGUGGUAAAGCUGUUCGCUGAGGUGGAGAACAAAUGUUUACCUGUCCCUGAAUAUACUGAGCAUCCUUUCCAAGAAGAGCACCUUAAGCAACUAUAUAAGGUGGUACCUAUUAAGGACAUCCGGAAUCUUUAUGUCACUUUUCCUAUACCAGACCUUCAGAAAUAUUACAAAUCAAAUCCAGGCCACUACCUCGGACAUUUGAUUGGCCAUGAAGGACCAGGGAGUCUCCUGUCAGAACUGAAAUCCAAAGGUUGGGUUAAUACUCUUGUUGGAGGGCAAAAAGAAGGAGCUAAAGGUUUUAUGUUUUUCAUCAUUAAUGUGGAUCUUACUGAGGAAGGGCUGGUGCAUGUUGAUGAUAUAAUUCUACACAUGUUCCAGUAUAUUAAUAAACUGCGUUCAGAAGGGCCACAAGAGUGGGUUUUCCAGGAGUGCAAGGAUUUGAAUGCUAUGGCAUUUAGGUUCAAAGAUAAAGAACGGCCACGUGGCUACACUUCAAAACUUGCUGGCUCGUUACAUUACUAUCCCAUCCACGAAGUACUUGCAGCUGAAUACCUGCUAGAAGAGUUUAGGGCUGACUUAAUUCAAAUGGUCCUGGAAAAACUUAGACCAGAAGCUGUGCGUGUGGCAGUGGUUUCUAAAUCAUUUGAAGGACAAACUGACAGAACAGAGAAAUGGUACGGCACACAGUACAAGCAGGAAGCCAUUGGUGCUGAUGUCAUCCAGAAGUGGCAGAAUGCAGACCUAAAUGGGAAGUUCAAACUGCCGGUGAGGAAUGAGUUCAUUCCUACAAAUUUUGAGAUUUUACCUUUGGAAAAUGAUGCUCCACCAUUUCCAACUCUUAUUAAGGACACUGCCAUGAGCAAAGUGUGGUUCAAACAAGACGACAAAUUCUUUCUCCCAAAAGCGUGCCUGAACUUUGAGUUUUUCAGCCCAUUUGCUUAUGUGGAUCCCUUACAUUGUAAUAUGGCCUAUUUGUAUCUUGAACUACUGAAAGAUUCUCUCAACGAGUAUGCAUAUGCAGCAGAGCUAGCUGGCUUGAACUAUGACCUACAAAAUACAAUCUAUGGAAUGUAUCUGGUUGUGAAGGGCUACAAUGACAAGCAACACAUAAUUCUCAAGAAGAUAAUUGAGAAGAUGGCCACCUUUGACAUUGAUGAGAAACGAUUUGAAAUAAUCAAAGAAGCUUAUAUGCGAUCCCUGAAUAAUUUUAGAGCGGAGCAGCCUCACCAGCAUGCUAUGUACUAUCUCAGACUGCUAAUGACUGAGGUGGCAUGGACCAAAGAUGAACUUAAGGAAGCACUGGAAGAUGUCACUCUUAUUCGCCUCAAGGCCUUUAUACCUCAACUGUUGUCACGGCUGCACAUAGAAGCUCUUCUCCAUGGCAAUAUAACGAGACAGGCUUCUUUGAGUAUUAUACAGAUGGUCGAAGACACCCUGAUUCAGCAUGCUCAUACUAAACCUCUUCUUCCCAGUCAGCUUACUCGAUACAGAGAGGUGCAACUUCCUGACCGAGGAUGGUUUGUGUACCAGCAAAGGAAUGAGGUGCACAACAACUGUGGGAUUGAGAUCUAUUACCAGACAGACAUGCAGAACACCCAUGAAAAUAUGUUACUGGAGCUUUUUUGUCAAAUCAUAUCAGAGCCAUGCUUCAACACGCUGCGGACCAAAGAACAGUUAGGUUACAUUGUAUUUAGUGGUCCACGGCGAGCAAAUGGUGUACAAGGACUUCGUUUUAUCAUUCAGUCAGAAAGAGCACCCAGCUACCUGGAAAGCAGGGUGGAGGCUUUUUUAAAAACCAUGGAAAAGCAUAUAGAGGAAAUGACAGAGGAGGCAUUUCACAAGCAUGUUCAGGCCCUAGCAAUAAGGCGACUUGACAAACCAAAGAAACUCUCAGCUGAGUGUGCUAAGCACUGGAGUGAAAUCAUCUCUCAGCAGUACAACUUUGACCGAGACAACAUUGAAGUAGCACACCUGAAAACACUGACUAAAGAAGAUAUCGUAAGUUUUUGCAAAGAGCUCUUGGCUGUCAAUGGUUCCAGACGACGCAAAGUCUCUGUACAUGUUCUGUCCCGGGAUAUGGAUUCCUGCCCUGUUGUUGAACAAGCACCAUGUCAAAAUGAUGUCAACCUGACUCCUGCACCACCCUUGCCCCAGCCAACCAUAAUUGAAGACAUGACUGUGUUCAAGCGCAGUCUACCACUCUUUCCACUAGCAAAACCUCACAUCAAUUUUAUGGCUGCAAAACUUUGAGAUUAUGGAAUGCUGAUGCUAAAGGAGGAGACAACCUGAAUGAAAAAUGUGAAUGACUGUAUCCAUUCUACGGGGGGUGCGGAAAUCGUCAAUCCAAAAUCAUUUAUUUUAAAUGAACUCUUCACAGUUAGGAGUGUACAAAGUUAAUUAGUUCUGCAUACUUCUGCCUGUUAAUGGUUCAGCUAGCUGAGCGACAUUUUAAAUUACUUGUCCAUAGAAACUUCAUACAUAAAAUUGGAAUUCUACAAAACACUAAUGUAUAAACCAGUGAAAUUACACUGUGUAAUAUAUUUGGGACAAAUUUCUUUUGUGAUAGAGCUCGAGCUUUCUAAUUGAUAACUAUACCAUGUUUUUAAUCUUGUAUACAGGUUUUGUAGUUUCAACAUUUUAUGUGCUCAUACAACUGGUAGUGAAAUGCUGGAAACAUUUUUUCUUUUCAUCUCAAAACUACUUUCUACCACACUGCGUAGUUCAAACUUCAGAGAAUUUGGAAAUUAAAUCUUCGAAAACGAUCUGGUUUUUGACUGAAUUUGGAUUUGUUUUACAUGGAACCAGAUACCUUGUUUCUUUAGGUUGGCGUGUUUUCAAGAAGUCAGAUGACCAUGUUUACACAGUACUGCUAGAGCAGAGUCGAUAAACUGCUGCUGUUGACAGGAAGUUAGGCCAGACAAUUUAUUUAGUCUGAGAUUGUGUUGAAAACCUGUCAAAAAUGACCCGUGUUGAAAAACACAUUAAUAUUUCGGGUUUCUGCCCAGUAAAACUGGAAGAUUUUUCAAGUCCAUUUCUUUGCAUUACCAAAGUCCAGUUACAGGGGAUAGCACUUUCAUCUUGUAUUUUAAAUGUGUUUAUUUUAUCAUAAAUAAACAAAUAUGAGGAUCCAAAAAUUCCAUACAAAACAAAUUUAUUGCUUCCACUUUAUUUGUGCCUCUUAUAGCUUAAACAUUGUUCAACAUUCAAGAAAGACCAUGUAAUUGUUAACAUCAUAACCAAUCUUAUGUAAUAUUAUGCACCACUGCUUAACACUUUACUAGGUCUUAAAACUAUCAUCUAAUUAAGUCCAUAAAGUAAUGGGCAAGAGGCUAUUGAGGGUAGCACAAAAAAUGGACCUUUGAAUGGCAUAUAGCUAAAGCAGAAGAGUACAUUGAAUAUUAUCUUAGCAUCAGGACUGUGUUGCAACCUUAAACAUCCAACUAUUUGACUUUCAGCAAUAGCAGUGUGUAUGUUAGCUGCUGUGCGAUACCAACAUGAAUGUCAGUUGUGUGAUCAAGAGAUAAACAAAAUGACUGAACUGAUUAUUCUCUAGCAUGCACUAUCAUUGUAAUAUGCAUUGUGCACUAUAAUAAGCAAAAGGUGAUAGGAUAGAGAGGCAGAAUGGGAGUAACAAAAAAGAGCUUCAAAAUUUUAAGGUCGAACUGUGUUACAUUUAAGAAUGAUUGAUUGGCAGUGCAGAAGAGAGCAGCCUUCAGCUAAUAACUAAUUAUUCCAAACUCUUGGUGGUAAUUCGUUAAAGUCCCUUUAUUUGUUGCCUACCACUAAGUUAUUUGCGUGAAAUUGAAAUGUAUACAGUUCUCCAAGCUUAUUUAUGAAGAUCAAGUCUGAAGUUCACCGCUUCAGAGUAAAAUCUGAGGUAUUGCUAUUGAAAGCCAUCUUUAAUUUCAAAUGAAUUGUGUACUGUGCUUGUCAUUUGGUACAAUGUCAAUUUUAUACAAGCCACCCUUGCUUGUACUAAAUUAGGUCAGGACUUUUUAACCAGCAUACUUAUGACCAGACUGUUCUAGGGUUUAAUAACUAUUUGUAACAAGCAUUUGGAUUAGCAAUAGAAAAAACAAAACGGCUUUGCUUCCAAAUCACAGCAGUUAUCAAUUUUCUUAUGGAUGGAAAAAUACUUUUAGGAUGGAUAUAUUUGACUUUAAAUAAUAUAACAGUGUUGAAUUUUAGGAUUUUUGUGUCUUUUGCUUUUUUACUGGGCUUGAUUCCUCUUCUCUUCCCACCCACCCUUAAAGGGGCAUCUCUUUGCUUUGUGGGAUUGCGCAGCAAUAUUCCAGAAGUGCACAUCACCUUGAAAUAGUGGUCCUGCAAAAUUUUGAAAGGUGUUCAAUAAGUGAUUUUUGGGAAAUCAUGGCUGACAAGUUUUAAAAUUUGAUUAAUAUAGUCUUUGGGUCAUUCAGUCCUGCAGUAAGCCUAAGGCAAAUUUUGUGAUGUCUGCAUUAUAUUGGACAAAAUUAGAAACACUAGCCCAGUUUAAGUUUUAAAGUAUUAGAACUCAAACUUAUACAUUUCUUGCCCAUUUCACUUGAACAGGUAACCCAAGUUUAAAAAAAAACCUAUUUUCUUCUAAACCUUUUAGAUGAUAAGUGAUAGUUGUACAUGGGCAUUAUCUGCAAUAUUGUUGCAGGCUAGCAACAACUUUUGCAUUGUGCAUACUGAAUAGCCAACUAAACUAUGACAAACCUUUGGCAGUAGUGUUGGAAUUAUUACAGUACGAUGCAUAGUUUGACAGCUAAUUCUCUGGUCUAACAAAAAAAGUUCUUUAAAGAAAAUAUAUUUUGCUGUGAAAGUUUUUCUAGCAGGCUCAAAUCCUUUGCAGUGUUACUUUUUUCUACCAUGUUUCCAGCAUUUUACAGCUGUGUGUGACAGUGCAGUUUGACUCAGGCAUAUCCAUGGACUCUGAAAAAAGGAUCCAAAAAUGCAGCUUUUUCAAGCAAUAACAGCCAACAGAGUAUAAACAUAUAUUCAGUCUGUUUUUAUGGCUUGUGAAUAGAUGUAUCAAUUUUUGUUGUUUGUGAAAAUUACUUAUACCAACAUCAUUUUGAGGGUUUUGGAACAGUUGAUUUAGAACUGGAUGCAAAUAGCAUAGCUACUGUAUACUGAAAGAAUGUUUGCAAUAAAAUAAACCUAUGAUCAUCCUGUCA